UAUUUCCUAUUCUUUUUUCUUCCUGCAAUGUGAAGUAGUUCUUGCCUUGGUCUGGAGAACGUUGGAUGCUUCCUGCCAUGCACCUUGAAUCCCUGCAGGGACGGGAAAGUGGAGACUUUUUGGUGAUAAGAUAAAAGAAGCACCUAGGCACAGGGGACCAACAGCACAGCGCCGCCGUUGGAAUGCGACACUCUGAAUGCAGCUCUCCGAACCAUCAACCGCACUAGUCUCCCCCGUUCUCGCACAACUCUUUCCGGCGCCCUGCAGCCUCGCCUGUUUGUGCCUCUGUUUUGGAUCCGCUCCUCCAGUACCGACACACGCAGGUCCUGCAGACGAGCGACUCUCGCACGCAGGCGCAAACGCGACACCUCGACACCUCGACACCUCGACACCUCGACAGCCGAAUCGAAGAACAAACGUGAUCGCGGGUUUCUUGGGAGAAAAUAAGUCAGAGACAGAACUUUUGGUUAGGGAUCAAACACCGCUACGAGAAUGGAGGACGGUCAGCCCAUGGGCCCUCCGCCAGACGCCGAUAUUCAGUACCGGAUCGACGACAUCCACCAGCCCGGUCAAAAUGUCGACGCGCCGACUAGGUACUGGGGCCCCGAGCCGCAUAUGAGGAACGACUCGCGCCCCUCGGACCAGCUGCGGAGGGACUUCGCCGCGCUCCUGGGCUGUCCUAACAGGCACGGCUUCCUGGGCGCGCAACCCGUCAGCUUUGCGAGGAGGAGCCUGGAAGAGCUGCGCAGAGAAGACUACUUCGUGUGCGAAAAGUCGGACGGAUGCCGCUACUUUCUCUGGGCCACGGUCGACGACCAGGGCGACGAGUGCCACUACCUGAUCGACCGCAAGAACCAAUACUGGCACGUCAAGAGGUUCGGUCUCCACUUCCCGCUGUCGGAGCAUGACCCCAAGUCUUUCCAUGCAGACUCGGUGUUUGACGGGGAGCUGGUCAUGGACCGCGAGGUCGACGGCACAUUUACCCCGCGCUUCCUCGUCUUCGACUGUCUGGUUCUGGGCCGCACGCGCCUCAUGGAGCGGACGCUUGAUAAGCGGCUUGCCUACUUCCAGGAGCGCGUAGACAAGCCGUACAAAGCGCUCCUGCGCAUGCACCCGCAGGAGGUGCCCUUCCUGGCCUUCCUGGUCGAGCCCAAGGGGAUGGAGUUCAGCUACGGCGUGCCCAAGCUGUUCCAGCAGAUCCCCAAGUUGAAGCACGGCAACGACGGGCUGGUCUUCACGUGCCGCACCAGCCCCUACGUCUUCGGCACGGACCGGCACAUCCUCAAGUGGAAGCCCCCGCACGAGAACACGAUCGACUUCCGCAUGUCGCUGCAGUUCGCGACGGUGCGCGACGAGGACACGGGCGAGUCGUACCUCGACUACGACUCGGUGCCGCAGACCAUCGAGCUGACGGCGCACCGCGGCAGCAACCAGCCGCCCGAGCGGUACGGGAACCUGCACGUCACGGCCGAGGAGUGGGAGACGCUCAAGGGGCUGGGCGACCCGCUCAACGACCGCGUCGUCGAGUGCUACAAGGACGACGAGGGCCGCUGGCGCCUGCACCGCUUCCGCGACGACAAGCCCGAGGCCAACCACGUCAGCACCGUCGCCAAGGUGCUCGACAGCAUCGAUGACGGCGUCUCGGAGAACGACCUGAUCGAGGCGUGCGACAGCAUCAAGCGCGCGUGGAAGGAGAGGGAGGCCGCGCAGAGAGCGGCUAUGCGGCGGUAGUUUGUCUCUGCCUUUAAUCUUGAUAUUAAUACUUUUUCUUCUUCUUUAAUGUUGUUUCGUAUCAGGCGUCGGGCUUCCUUCGUGGCGCACGCACAGUCUAGUCAGGGCUGGGAGCAAUGGGUAUGGUGGGUUUAUGGAGUUGAGGGUCUGGUGAUAUCACCCUUGGGUAUUGUUUUUUUUUUUUUUGCAUUUUGGUCUGCAUUCUGUAAGCGGUAGCAAUUGCCAAGCAACGACUCAGUAUGCUGCUAAACAGCGCAACAGGAAGAAGGCGUUUGGUGUUUUCGAGCCCAUGCUGCCUCACAUUCAAGGCGGCUGGCUAUGUAUCUCGUGAAGGUGUUCUUGCUUUAGCCUAGUUAUCUCUACCUAGGUAGCUUUGAUACUACUUCCCCUGUUUUCUAAAAAGGCCUCCCAAAAACAAACCGUGUCC